AUGUUAGAAUUGUUUAGAACGUACUUUAACGUCUCAGCUGAGCGAGCACUGGAAAGCGUCCCAGCUGUUGAGACAGCUGCAGUUGGGGACAGCAGUCCAGUUGUGGUUCCAGUUUCAGCUGCAAAAGAACUUCCAGCUACAACUGAUGCAGUGCCUCCUACAGCUGUGUCACCUGAUGGACCCACAUCACCAUCUGCUGGGAAAAGGCUGACCAUCUACAUGUUGGAAUCAUGUCCUGUAGAUGAACAAGUCCAGAUGGCGCAUGAUCACUUGUUGCCUCUUGUUGAGAAAAUCCACCCGAACUUGGCAAAUAAGAUCACCUGGAUGCUUGUGGGGAACCAGAACAAUUACAAAAUCAUGAAUAUAAUCAGCGAUCCUGAGCUCCUGUAUGCCAAAGUGAGCGUGGAUGAAAUGGAUGCGAUCCUGAAGGCGAGGGAAUCUGGUCUCAAGCCAGAAGCCGUCAAGAUGCUGUUCGGUGACAAGAACAGGAAAAGAAGGAAGAAGAAGAAGAAGGAGUAUAGAUUUUAA